AUGGACAAUGGACUCGUUCACUCCAAAUCGGGAAAGCCGGUUGCCCUGGUUUACGGGAAAGAGGCUUAUAUGUGGGAGAAAGCACUCAACUAUUUGGUCGUUCUGAGUGAAUUCUUCGAGGUACAUGCGAACGUACUGGAUGUUGCUUUAGCUCCUGAAUUCAGUUUUGUGAUACAACAUAACUGCAGCUACGGGGCUAAGUUCAAUGCACUGUUGAGAUCUGCCAAGGUAUUUGUUGGUUUAGGCUUUCCAUACGAAGGUCCCGCGCCACUUGAGGCUAUCGCGAAUGGUGUGAUUUUUCUCAAUCCUGUGUUCAAAACGCCUCAUUCACGAAAUAAUACAAAAUUUUUCGCCGACAAACCCACAUCACGUGAGGUAAGUCAGCAUCGUAAACGUUGUUGUGUCGUUUCCUGUUUAUGUGCAGCCUGUCUGCGUCUAUUUACGCUGCGCUUAUGUUGGCGUUGCUGUAUAUCGGCAUUUGCCGUCCCGGAUCUGUUGCUCCAUCAUCAGCAUCAAAAUCGUUCAGCGGAAUACUGCGAAUUGACUAGUCAGCAACCUUAUCUGGAACGAUAUGUUGGUGAACCGUACACUUAUUUGAUCGAAACGGACAAUCCGGAUCAAAUCCGACAAACUGUGCGCCGUUUGAUGUCGCAGAAGAAGAAACUGCACACCGAGAUACAACAACAAACAAUGUUGUUUGAGCACAUAUUGGGUGGCACAAUAGUAAGGUCUUGUGCAGACACCUGUAUCGAGAUCAGCCCUCAAAUACGCAGUCAGACGAAUUCCACCUAUUUGAACAAGCGCUUGCUUGAUGUCCCCAGUCCAUCUAAUCCGUACACCGUAUCUGCCCCGCUGAUGUUUUGCGCCCCUGAGCAUUUUACCUCUGUCAAUCAUUACCGUGUGCUCGAAUCCCUUCUACCCGAUGACAUCCGUUGCAACCGUAUCGAGUCAGUGUCAAAUCCCGCAGCUCCCUACUGGGAUCCCACAACUCGGUCGUGCGUGUUUCAAGCUGACCGCCUUCUGUUUGAUUGCACAGCUAGAUUAGCUGAUGCACAAAUGCAACGUAUUUGUCCCUGUCAAGUCGGUCUUCCUGGCCAGGUUGCCUUGUGCGUUGAUUGCGUGUGA